AAGGAAGCAGGGGUGCAGUUGGCAGGUUCAUCCUAAAGAGCUCAUUGAACCUCUGUGCGUGUGUGUUUCUAAUAGCCGUUUACCAAAAUGCUGCCGUGAAAAGCGGACACAUCUUGCUCAUUUCAAUCGUCACACCUCUUAAUUGGACCAAUUAAUUUCGCCCAAAAAAGUGAUUAAUGGCAGAACAACCCCUUUGCUUUUUUGCAUGGCGAACACAAUGGUUGGGAUUAUCCCGGGAUGUGUGGAUUAUAUCCCCAACGUUGCACUGGAAGGAUUUCAGUCGGGUCACCUGGAAAUGGAUGGGGUUAGACUGGGUUACCUGCGCAUUAACGGGAAGCAGAUGUUCGCGCUGUCGCAGGUUCUGGCGGAUCUGUUCAAGGACGUCCCGAGGACCACGAUCCGCAAGAGGAUGGAGUACCUGAAGAUUAAACGGCGUCGGUGCGACUUGAGGGAGCUGCGGACUCUGAAAGCCAUGAACUCGGUGCCGACACGAGCGGUCAAGUGCUCGCUCAUUUCCAAAGAGGAUCUGGAAGUUUUAUACACAGUCUACAAAACGCCAGACGCCAGCAAGAAGAAGAUCAAGGUAAAGGUGAGGACUGGGGGACAGCUAAGCAGCUCGGAGGGACACGGUUUCUACACCGGGCUCUGUACCGAGAGGGCUGUGCUGCUGCGGACACGGGAACCGACAGACAGCGCCCAGGCCAGAUACCAGACUCCGAGCGAUUUCACCAAAACCCCUGGCCGACCUGAGCCUCUCGAUUACCUCCCGGCCACCGAUCCGGCUGGCAAAGAUUUCCUAGAGUAUGGAAACACGGGGAAAGCCGAUUUGUGCCCGGUGUACCGGGAGCAGGAGGUGUUUUACGAGGACCUGGUCUGCUGCUUCCCCAGAGCGGAGCAACCCUCCAUCGCAGUUCGAGUUGACGGGGCCAAGCAGCCGCUUCACUUCACAGCGAAAUAUUCGUGCUGUAACCGGAGCAAAAUCGUGAGGAGCGGGUUUCUCAGUAACUGCAAUUCAUUGCUCAACCCUUCAGCUUUCCAGUCGGUGAAAUCCAUGUUCCUCUCUGGAGAUAUAAAGACUUUAAAUGAAAGGGGGUUUGCACCGAGCAGUCAAGUCGCCUCUUUGGGAUAUUCCAGUGAUUCGGACUGUAGCCUGGAGCCGGGCAAUUUUUCUGAUUUCGGUUCCACGGAUGAAGACGAGGAAGACGGAGAUUCGGCGUUUUCCGCCUCCAGCAGCGAUGAUGAGAGUUCCAGUGCCUCCGACUCCAGUUCGGCUCACAGCGGCGUCUCUCUGCACAGUACCCGCUUCAGGAGAGCCACCUUACCUAGCGUGUGUGCUAAGAUUCCGGCCAUAAACCCCAGCCCCGAGCCGCCCGUGGACAACUCCCAGCCGCGGCCGUUGUUCCUGCAGGUAGCCUCGAACUCUCCCCAUCAUCGCGCCCAGUCCAAGGGGAGCCCGGGCACCGGGCCAAAAAGGAGCUCCGCAGCCAGGGAGAGAGAGCCAGGAGUGGGGGCCAACCCAAAGGUUCCAUCUCAACUGUUCCCCAGCAACUUUGCAAAACCCGGAGCCUCUGGGACCGGCCUGAAAGAGAGCUCGCUGACUUCACAACAAAGGGAUACGUUACAAUGGAGAGCACGGCCCGGAGGCUCUGCUCGUUUCUGCUUCGGUACAGACGCUGGGAAAUUCGACAGUCCGGACAAAGCGGCUCCGUUAGGCCCCGGAGCCCAUUCCGAGAGCAGGGUUAACCACAGGGUCGGUGGCUCGGGCUUUUUCACGGAGCGCUCCGCAGUCUCCAGCCGCCCUCUGCGAGCGAGUGUCCACAGUACCGGCUUCAGCACCGCGGGCUCCGGGCCGGGGAGAGGGAGAGAGGGGCCAGGGCGGCGGAGCAGACCGAAAGCAAACGUGGGGGUUGACUGGGAGGAGGAAAGUGGAGUGAUACAAUCAGUGAGCGAGUUUCCUGGGCCUGUCCAUCCGCUACAGGAUCCUACCUCGACAGGAAUACAAAACCACUGCACUUUAGCGAACGGGCCGCCUGCUGCUGCCUGGGGGGACACUGCCAAAAAGAGACGGAUCUCUUCCUGCCGCCGCGGUCGGUCCAAACGCUGCCCGGGGAGGGCCCCAGACACGAUGCAGCCCUGGCUCACAGCGCCUGGGAAAAGGCCGAAUCUACUGAAGGACCCUGCCAAAUGCAGACGCGUCAGCUGCGGAUUAGUAACGCCAGUUAAGAAAGCUUUCAGCUUAAUGGGCAAUUUCCCCACGCCGCCUUCGCUGAUUGUAGGCGACGAUGGAGACCUGUGCCCGGCCUAUUCCUUCAGCUCCGAGCCCUCUGGCACAGUGCAGAAAGCUCACCCUCUGUGGGCCUGGCAAAUCGGCCGCUCAGCAAUUCCCCUUCCCCCCAGCCUUAAAUUCAGGGGCUUCAGCCUUUAGGGGCCAGUGACUGAUUGUGGACGUGAAAUUGCCCCCUUUUUUUGCAAAAAAAAGUGUUGUAACGCCAUCCACAGGCUGUUGCAAACACCCCGAUCAGAAAAUGCAGUUUAUAUCAAGGAUUGAAAGGCUAUUUUGAUUAAAAUGAAUACGGCAGUGCGGCAAUUUUUAACCAAAAAGUGGUCAUGAUUAAUCAGCUACAUGUAGGGAGAUGUAUGUGUCUUUGAGGAUCGGUGUGUUCAACAGAGAAAUGGGGAAGGAGUCAGAUCUGGUCCCAGUACGAGCCUGGAUGUAGCUUUGCACUAGUUUCUGUCUCUUGUGCAAUCGACCUAUCAAAGCAUUGGGAGUGACAUUUACUGGACGAACAUCCUCUCAAUUGAGAGCAAUUUCAAAUAUAUCAGGACGAUUUAAAAGAAAAACACUUUCCAAGUAGCCUCUCACAGUCAUCAGAGUACAUUGUGUUGUCGGGAAGGGGAGAAUGAGAAGAUUAUUAUGCGCCUCCCAAUCCCCACCUCACCCACCCUCUUCCCUCCAGCUGGGUCUAGAGUACCGGGAUUAAAAAAAAAAUCCCGACACAGUGAUCUGUUGUGCUCACCUCAGUUCUUUCUUUGUUCCUUCAGGAAGCUUCAAUUAAAAGUAAUCAAAAAUACUGGUGACAGGACAAGGGAGUAACAGCUGUCAUCUUUUAUAAUGGACGGGGAGCUCUCUCUGGAAAUGAAUUGCAGUGCAGUUGGUUCUUUUAAAGGUUUGAUUUCAGUCGUUUUGAUAAACUAUUGUCAAAUUUAAUUUAAAACACAUUUGAACUGAAGUCUCAGUGAAAGCGGAGAGGGGGAAGCGUGGUUGGGGUGGGGGUGGUGGUGCGAAGGAUACCUUUACUUGACUCUGUAUACGGGCCAGUGAGUAAAUAUCCUGGGCUCUGUGUGUUGCUUCUGUCCCCUGCUUAAUAAUCGGAUGUAUAAUUUGCAGGGGAAACACAGUAACCUUCCCUUUAGAUGCAAAUCAGUUGAACUCUGAAGGAAAAGAGGUUAAUGCACCGAGGCAUGCAUUACUGAUCAAACCCCACGUAAAGUUCCAGUCAAUAGUUCCCCAUUCAGGAAGGGAAAAAAAGACUGAUCUUUGAGUUGAAAUGCAAUUGUAAUUCCUUUUUUAAGAGAAAAAAAAUUAAAGUUUAUUCCUCA